AUGUACAUAUCGAAUAUAUUCGCCAGAGUUAUAAGAAUGAAUCCAGCGUGCAGACUGAACCUGGAGAGUAAGGAAUGCCAGGAGUGGAUGAACGAGGUGUGUGCCCACUGCGCCCACCUGCUGCCCGGUGUGGAGGAGGCGGAUCUCUGGGACAAGUGGUGGUCGGACGAGCUGCCCACUCCUUUCAAGCCUCGAGUCGAUCUAAUGUCCGCCUACGACUGCCACAAGCUGCGCAAAGAGGUUGCCCGCCAGGUGACGACUACAGCAGAUCGGGAAUGGUAUGAGGACGAAGGCAAUCCGGUGACGUGGACCCUCUGCCAGCUGAUCCUACUGGUCAUGGUAAUGGUUUCCGCACUGAUCGCCAUGCUGUGUGCCCUGAAAAUGCUCUGCGAUGGACUACGUCGCUGGUCGGGCAUCAGAAAGUGUGCUCCCACAAAAAAGAAGAAAACUGAGGAGAAACCACCGCCACCGCCUCCUCCUGCCGAUGUGGAGACACCGCCCCCCCGCCAAAAGGACGCCUGCAAGCCAGCCAAGCAGCCCAAGGCCUUCAUCUCCUUCGGCCGGACCACCGACCCACGCACACGUUUCGGUCCCUACAAGCACCAGAAGCUGCUCCAGACCGCCUCCGUGCCGGAAUGCCAGCCGCCGGAGUCCUAGCGGAGUCCAGAGUCCGCCAAGUCGCAGCCAUCGCCAUCGCCAUCGAUAUCGACAUUGCCAUCGCCUUCACCCAAAGGUGGAGCGGCACGUCGAACGGCAAUCGGCGAAAAACAAAUCGGCCACAAAAUAAGCGGCGAGGAAGCGCUGGCCAAAAAAUCGAAAACAAAUUCGAAGGCUGCCGGAGCUGUGCUCAAUCGCGGAUAAGAUUUAUGAAAUGUGUUCCGCCCCGAUUUGUUCUCUUUUUCCCGGUUCGCCUCUAGUCCUUUUCGGUUUCCUUUUUUAUGUUGC